UCAUGGAGUCAAGAGUCAAAUUCCAGCACACGUCAGAGGAACCAAGGAACUGAGGAACACAGCUCAGCUCAGCUCAGCACAGCCGGUCUGUCUGUCUGUCUGCCAGCCAGCUCAGCGGACUUUACAGUAACUCGGUCUAAUGAGCGGAGACUCGGCGGAUCUACUGAUACUCGUCUCUGUUCGCGGCGCUGCGGCUGGUUCUGGUUCUGCUCUCUAGCUCUGCGGAGGAAACGGCUGUUUAAGGUGGAACCGCCGCUCAACUUCACCUAACGGACUUCUUUCUGCGAGGAACGGAUCUGCGGAUAAUAAUAGUAAUAUUAUUAAUAGUAAUAAUAGUAAUAUUUGGAGUUGAAGAAGCUGCCGGCUCUUGUCGUCUGUGCGGAGAUGAAAGACUUUCCGAGCCCUGACUAAACUCCAGCUGGUGAGGAUGUUUUCGGGGAUGGUGAAGCUCCGAAUGAGGACUGAAGGUGGCCUCUUCACAGCACCUGAAGUGGACGUUUCUCGCAGGAGGAGUUUGAGGACAACAAAUCUGUCCAGACAUCUGGACUGUGCUGCAUGUUUGGCUGGCAGGGUGCCCUGCUUACUUCACCAUGACUCUGAUGUCCAGGCGUCCUGUCCAUCUGCUUGUCUUAACGGUGACGAGAGCGCCAUCAAACCACCCACCAGCCAGGGUCAUUGUGGAGGAGAUUCUGCAGGACACAGAGCAGGUCAGUCAUUCCAGGACAUCUCUAGUCCACAGUGGCGUGGUGCCCAUGAGCAGAUAUCUCCCAGUGCCGUAGAGUGUCCUGAAGACACUCCAUCAGACGACACAUUUAACUCCAGCUUCAGCUUCAUCCAGCAAUCACUGGACUCCGAGCGCUCCUUCUGGGACACGAGUGAAUGUGAAAGUUCUAAACCGAGGACUGGAUCUACUGUAGUGGAACAGUCUGUAUUCAAAAAUGAAGACACAGAGUCUUCUCAGAUCGGUUCUGCUGAUGUACCGGGAGCAGACCAACUGCCUGGUCAAUCAGGGAAGCCGCAGAACCUCUUACUGGACGAUGAUCUGUUAGGGAUAAAUCUGGAUGCGCCCUGGCACAGGAGUGACCGACACAUGUCCUUUGGCAUGACGUCUCGUUCCAGAGACAACAUGCCAGACUCAGACACAGAGGUCACUUCCUCACUGUCGGUGGACUCCUCAGACUCCGCCUCCUCCUCCACCUCUGGCUACGAGAGCGCCACACCAUCUUCAGACCAGCGGUGGGACGUCUUCAUGAACAAGUGUGAGGGAAUUCUGCAGGAAUGCUUGCAGGAAAACCACACCAAUUCCAGGAUCGAGUCUAUGAUGUUUAAGCUCCAGAGACUUCAGCAAAAGGCAGUUCUAGACGAUGAUUAUGACACAGCCGAGCGCUUCAGUAAGAAGCUGGAUGAGCUGAUGAAGGAGAAGGCCUCUCUGAAGCCUGGACUGCCCUCCAGACACCCCAGAGUCACCUGCUUUUUAGAGCGGCUCAGGACCACCAUUCACAGUGCCCUCCGCAGGAUGGAUCCAGAUUGCAGACCGUCUGAAGAGGCCUCAGAGAGCCGCGUAAGGGCCGAGGAGAGCCGAGAGCAGCUGGUACAGGAGAGAGAGUUGAUCCAGAGGGAGAUGGCAGGGCUGCAGCUCAGGCUGGAGGUACUGCAAAAGCGGAGCCUGGCUUUGGAGGAGCAGCUGACCCAGGAGGAGCUCCAGCUGGAGACGAUGGAGAUGGAGGGAACCCUGCUGAGAGGCUACAGCCCAGCUCAGCUGCACCUGACCGGCCGAGUACUGGAGGACCUAAUCACAUCAAAGCACCGUGUCCAGAUCUCUCUGUCUCCGGGACCGAGCAUCACCAGGUUACAGGAGCAGGAGCAGAGAUUGACUUCAUCCAUAAAAGAGGCAACAGCAAAAGUGGUGAUGAGUCAGAGGCUGGGCAGUAGUCUGAGGAGGAAAGUUAGUGAGAGUGAGACGCAGUUGCUGGCUCUGCAUGAGGUCAAGCUGGCAGCUAUUUCAGGGAGUGAUUUCAGCACUGCGAAGGAGCUGAAGACAGAGAUGAGGUCAGUAUAUGAGGAGAGGGAUCAUCUGGAGGGGCUUGCAAAGAGGCUUCAGACCCUGAGCGCAGGGAGUGCUCAUGACCUGGCCCACAUGAAGGAGCAGCACAGCCAGCUGAAGAAGGAACUGCAGAAGAGAGAAGCUCAGUACGAGCAAAACCUGAAGGAGAACAUUGUUAAGUACACUGAGCUCCUGGAGGACCGACUGCACAGCUGCGGAAGUCCAGCCCUGGAGCGGAUCUGGGAGGCUGAUCUGGAGGCCUGCCACCUUCUCCUGCGGGGUCUCCAGCUCCACACUCCCACCUGCUCUGAGCCAGAGGAUCUACCCUCUCCCGCAAAGCCCUGUCCGCAGGUUCAGACCUUUUCCAAGACAGAAGCAGACUGUGCUAUGCUCACUGCUCUGGGGGGCUGCUGGGGUUCAGAGGUCAACCUGCAAAACUCUGAAUUCACCAAGAAAUUGGAAGAGUUCCUGUUCUGUUUGGAGGACGGUCAUCCUGAGGAUCUGCACGGUGAGGCGGUGGAGCUGAUCGAGCGCUGUGAGCUGAUCAGUGAAAGGCUGCUGUCUUUAGAGGAGCAGCUACUGACUGCGCUGCAGAACAGCGACCAGGACCUCACUGUGUCCUUGGAGAAGGAGGUGCAGGAGGUGAAGGCCACUCUCCAGGAUAUGCUGGCCCAGCUAAAGAAGAGUUCGUUUGAUGAAGAGGAGGAGGAGCAGGAGGACAAAGAGCAGUUUCAUGAUGUGGAGGAUGGAGAGACAUUAGAAGUAGAGGAGGAUAAUUACUUCAGUGACAGCUGGGAGAUUUGAAGGAGCAGCGUAUUGGGUGACACUCUUUACUUCAGGGUUCAUCAGGCUACAUUAGCCUGUCAUGCCCAUUGACUUAAUCCUUUAUGAACAAUAAUAAAGGCUUAUUCUUAUAGACGUCGGCCAUGAAGGCUGCUGUGGUGAGCUCUGAUGUCAAUCUCACACGACACCUGUACAGGUGACUGAUUUUAGUCUGACUGGGUCGUCAUGACACCUUUUGGUGAAAUGACCAUCUGACCCUGUAGUUUAGUGUACAUGAACCCUCAAAGAACCCAGCAUGAUUGCAGGGUUCUUUACAUCAUGAAAUUGUUCUUCAGACUGACAGAGAAUGUCAUGUAGAUGGUUCUACAUAGAACCUUUUUGAAAAGGGUUCUAUAUAGCACCAAAAGUGGUUCUUCUAUUACAGUGUCAACCUUGUAACAAUAUGAAAACCUUAUUGGGUUCUAUGUAGAACCAUUUUCAAAAAAGUGUCCAUUACAUAUUCAUGCACAUUCUCCAUCAAUCUGAAGAAACC